CGUUGCAAGGGCGGGGCCUCGCGGCCGUGGAGCGGCGGCGCGCCGGUGACUUUGGCCGCGGCGCUCCGGCCCAGCAUGAGCGGCCCGGCGGCCCCGGCCGCCGCCGAGGAGCCGGACAAAAAUGGCUUGAAAAACUCGACUAUCCGUGUAGGAACCAGGAAGAGCCAGCUGGCCCGGAUCCAGACGGACAGUGUGGUGCAGAGGCUGCAGGAGCACCACCCCCACCUUUGCUUCGAGAUCGUUGCCAUGUCCACCACUGGGGACAAGAUCCUGGACACAGCGCUGUCGAAGAUCGGGGAGAAGAGUCUCUUCACCAAGGAGCUGGAAAAUGCGCUGGAGAGGAACGAGGUCGACUUGGUGGUUCACUCUCUGAAGGACCUGCCCACAUCCCUGGCGCCUGGCUUCACCAUUGGUGCUGUCUGCAAGAGAGAGAAUCCGCACGAUGCCGUCGUCUUCCACCCCAGGCACGCUGGCAAAACCCUCAGCAGCCUCCCCGAGAAGAGUGUGAUCGGAACCAGCUCACUUCGCCGGGCGGCUCAGCUGAAGAGACUGUUCCCACAGCUGGAAUUUCGGGAUAUUAGGGGCAAUCUGAACACUCGCUUGAAGAAGCUGGACGAGAAGGAGGACUUCAGUGCCAUUGUGCUGGCUGCUGCCGGCCUGAAACGGAUGGGCUGGGAGAGCCGCAUAGGCCAGAUCCUGAGCCCCACGGACUGCUUAUAUGCUGUUGGGCAGGGCGCCUUAGCUGUGGAAGUGAGGGCCAGAGAUCAGAAGAUCCUAGACAUGGUGUCUGUCCUGCACGACGAGGAGACGGUGCUGCGCUGCAUUGCUGAGAGGGCCUUCAUGAAGCGCCUGGAAGGCGGCUGCAGUGUGCCUGUGGCUGUGAGCACCCUGCUGAAGGACUUCCAGCUGUAUAUGACCGGUGCCGUUUACAGCCUCGAUGGAUCCGACAGCCUGCGGGAGACCAUGCAGACGAGCGUGCACUUCCCAGAAGAGAACGGAGACGGCCCCAGUGACAACAUCCAGCACGUUGGCAUCACGGCCAGGAACAUCCCGCACCUUGCUCAGGCGGCCGCAGAGAAGCUGGGCAUUCAGCUGGCUGAGCUGCUGCUGAGCCAGGGGGCAAGACACAUCCUCACAGUGGCCAGGCAGCUCAACGAGGCUUGAGGACCUCCAGAGAAACCGCAGUGCCAGCUUGCCCCUUCUCCCCCCUUAGAGGCCUUAAUGUAUUGUAGUAGCUGCCAGUUCGCUUGAGCUACUGCAGACUGGCUGCUAUGCUGGGUUUUUGUCAUUUCUGCUGCCGAAAUGACAAUUUCCAACUUGAAUUUUGAAGAGAAAACCUCAUGGUCGAGUUCAUGCUUUAAUUCUAACAGAACCACUAAUGGGUCACUGGUUGUAUAGAAUUACAUCUGAUUUAUAUUGGUUUUUAAUUAUUAAAACAAUUCAAACAAA